UCUGAAACGUUCAAAGUACCAGCAAUGUACGUGGCCAUUCAAGCUGUUCUCUCCUUCUAUGCAUCUGGACAAACUACUGCUAUCAUGAGACUAGAUCUGUCUGGAAGAGAUCUCACUGAUUAUCUCAUGAAAAUUCUUACAGAGAGAGGAUAUUCUUUUGUUACUACAACGGAGCAUGAGAUUGUGCGAUAUAUUAAGGAAAAGUUAUGCUACGUGGCUCUGGAUUUUGAGAAAGAAAUGGCUAUUGCUGCUUCUUCAUCUUCUUUGGAGAAGAGCUACGAACUUCCCAAUGGCCAAGUCAACACGAUUGGCAAUGAAAGAUUUCGAUGACCUGAAACUCUCUUCCAGCCAUCGUUCAUUGGAAUAGAAUCUGCUGGGAUCCAUGAAACAACUUACAACAGCAUCAUGAAAUGUGAUAUUGAUAUCGGUAAAGAUCUUUAUGCCAAUAAUGUGCUUUCUGGAGGAACAACCAUGUACCCUGGUAUUGGUGAUCAUAUGCAGAAAGAAAUCACAGCACUGGCUCCAAGUACUAUGAAAAUUAAAAUAAUUGCCCCUCCAGAACGUAAAUACUCUGUUUGGAUUAGAGGUUCCGUAUCAGCUUCUCUGUCAACUUUCCAGCAAAUGUGGAUCAGCAAAGAUGAAUAUGAAGAAGCAAGUCCAUCCAUUGUCCAUUGCAAAUGCUUUUGA